AUGAAGAUAAGUGCAAGCAAGGGUAAUGACAUGAUUACUAAACAGGCAGACAUUAUUUCCAAUCAAGUUGAAAAUAGUAUGUGGAUGCGUGGUAUUCUAGGCGAUUGCAAUCCUAAAACAUUGUUGGAUACAAGUGUGUACCUGUUUGAACUUAACUUUGCACUGAGAUAUGGUGGUGAGCACAGAGAUUUGACAUUAGACCAAUUGUCAGUAGGUGUUAAUGAGCAGGAGUCAUAUAUCAAAUACAGCGAAAAAAUCAGUAAAAAUAAUCAACGUGGUCUUAAAGAUUUUAAAGUGGUGCCAAAAUAUGUAACUGCGUAUGUCCAUGAAGACCCAACAAGAUGUAUCGUUAAACUGUACGAACGAUAUCUUCAACUGAGACCGGAGAAUGCUGCAACAGUUGUAUAUUUAAGACCAUUAACAAAGCCAACAGAAUCGGCCUGGUACUCGGUGGUCCCUGUUGGACAGAAAACAUUGGCUAAGACCGUGCAGAGAUUGUAUAAAGCAUCAGGUUUAACUGGUUUGUAUACCAACCAUUCUCUUCGAGCUACAUAUGCAACACGGUUAUUUCGAUGUGGUGUUGAUGAACAAUUGAUCGCAAAAACCACAGGUCACAGAAGUAACGCCAUUCGUCAGUAUAAACGAGCAGAUACGAUACAAGAUGCAAUAGUUAGUAAAGUAAUUCAGACGAAUAUGCCAUCUACAUAUCUAAACGCCAAUUAG